UUUUUUUUUUUCGAUGGUGGGCAACAUGUGGGUUCCUGAGUUUUGUGUUAUCGGGGUCAAACCGCCAUGGGCUGGCUGCCUGACGGGCUACCUUGAGCAUGCUACACACUCAGGAGGAAAGGAUAUGUAAUGAAAUGUUCUGAUGCGUCAAGUUUGAGCUGGUUGAAGUACAGCCAUAGAUGGCCGUGAACAACUAUACCUCGGCUUUGCGAAUGCAGCCAUCAUGGUGUGGAACGACGUGCACAUGGAUAGAUGGUGUCCAAUCCCGGGAUAGAAGACUCAUUCUGCCAUAAUCCAGCCAUAAUCCAAGUCAUCCACUCGCAUACAGACUAGUGUGAAGGAUGGUCAUGAAACCGGAGUUGCUGCAUUGGUCUGCUUGGCCACUUCUUAAUCGAGGACAUGUCUUCCGGUCGCCCGUUGUUUAAAACCUUUUGCUCAAAAAUUGCAAUUUUGCAGUUCGUCGUCGUUCUUCUCCCAAGGGGCGUGGUUGUAGUAGAGCUUCAACUUCCUUCUGCAACAGGGAUGGAGACACACAAGGUAUGUGGGAGAGAGAUUCCCCAUGUAAUGGGACAAGCGGUGGCCCAAACCACACCUCCGAUUACACUCGGCCAAAGGGUUCGUAAUCCUCCACACCGUCAUUGUGGUUCUUGGUACUCAAUAAGUGAUUGACCAUGAAUCGAGGCUGGUCUGCUCUAUCCGGGGGGGGGGGGG